UUUAUUUCUACAUCGGCAAUUUUUAACAUAUUUUUAUUUAAUCCAGAUUCUUAUCUUUCAUUAAAUCUCUUUGACACUAAUUCUUCCAUUUUUAUUAUUUAUGUAAAGGAAAUUAGCGAGAGCAGAAGAAAGUUCUUUUGAAUUGAGAAUUUAAAGGUCUACUGUCAUUUUUGAUAGAAGAAAAAUAUUAAAUCUUUGAUAGCUACUUUAUAUUUUAAUAAUAAGAAAGCAAAAGCUUUUCCCAUUUUAAAUAACAAUGCCGAUAGCAAUGACAAAAGAGGAGUGGUCGCGCAUCAAGCGCUGGACGGACCUGGGCAGAGAAGACCCGGAGACAGUGAGGCGGCGGGAGUAUCUGCAGUACCAGAACGAGACUAGCCGCGAGAUGACGAAGCAAUGGCCGAAUUCCUUAGAGAAUGUAAACAAGAGGAACGAAGAGUUGCGUCGCGCUCGAGUGGAGGCCGCGGAGAAGGCCAACACUCGUUUCUACCAGCGAUAUGUGAAACGGAAAAGGGAGGAGCAGCAGAGGCUCAUGUACAGCGCCAGAGACACGGUCUUCAAGAACAAGGACGCUCCCAAACUACUGCUCAGCGCGGUGAUAGAGACGGCUAUUCAGAAGGAGCGCGAAGAACAGCUCAAGUUCAAGGAGAAACUGAAACAGGAGGCGGACGAACGGAAGAAACAAGACGAUGAUGACGUCAUCCGUAAAGCGCAGGAGUGGAACGAGCUUGUGGAAACCAAGAAGAAGAGGAGGUUCCAGGCUAACAAGCAACACCAGAAGGAUAUAUUGGAACAAGCUCACGAGGUCUCGGAGCGCAAUCGCAAAGAAUACGAGAUGGAGUUGAAUUUACAAAAGAUCGACAAUAUUAAAGCCAGGGAACAAAUGGAGGCUAUCAAGAAGUUUGAGGAAGAAUUUUGUGCUGCUGAAAAGUCUCGCAUUUUAAGCGAUCUGGAACAGGCCCGCUACGAGGCAGCGACGCGGCGCGAGGAAGUGCGAGCCCGAGACCAGCUGGAUGACAAGCUCAUAAAGCUGCUACAGAAAACACAGGCCAGGGUAGAGAAGAGGAGGAGGGACACAGAGAAACAGAUCCAAGCGGAAAAGCUGCAGGUGCUGGAGAAAAUAAGUCAGAAGCUGGAAUCCGGAGACGCGGCGAGAGAAGAGAAAGAACAGAAGAUACUAGAUAAAGCAAUCAAGGAGAAGGAAGAAAUUGCGGAGGCCCGGCGUCAGGCAGACGCCCGUAAGAGGGAGCAGUUCAGAGCGCAGCGCACGGCGGCCAGGGAACAGUUCCUAAAGCAACAACAACAGACACUGCACGAGUUCAACACCAUGAGACAGUGGGAGGUCAUGAACAGAUUUAAGAAUGCAGAAAUAUACGAAGACUUCAGAGCUCGCCUUCGAGAUGAAAAGGAAACGAAAAUAAAGCAGUAUCGUGAGGAUAUCAUAAAGCAGUGGCACGAGCGGGCCGACCGUGAGGCGCGCGAGCUGGCGGAGACUCGGUACUUCUACGGCGAGCUGGCGGAGAGCAAACUGCGGGACGCCGACAACAAGCUGCUCACACACGGACACGCGCUGCUGCAGGAGGCGCGCGACCACCAGCGACCAACAUACGCGCUCACACACGCCUUGCGGCGCUACUGUAAGCUGUACCGCUUGUACCCGAUGCCGGAGCUGCCGUCGUCCCAGCAGGAGCACUUCCCUCGUUACGGUCCCAAGGACCUGUCGCUCCCCGACCCACACUACCGCUACCCCGAGCCUCCCGUCUUCGAUGACGAUAAGAGAGACGGAUUGAACGAUCCCAAGUCGCAGAAGGCCGGUCCGUCCGCGCCCAGCGAGCGGCCGCCUCCCGAACAAGACUACAAGAGAGCCGCGCCCGCCAACGGACUACAGAGGAAGCCGUCGAAGAGCGAGCUGAAGCUGCCGUCCGCGGAGUAGCGGCCGGCGCUGCGAGUGUGGCGAGUGAAACAACAACAUAUCCAAAAUAAUCAUUUAUUAUUUAUAUUAACUUUAUAAUGUCUGUAGAUCAGAGAGCGUAUGGCGCCGGCGUGCCGCCUGUGACUAGAGUCGUGUCAGGACAAAUUUCUAGUAAUUAUACAAUAGCGUUCGUUGGGAUGCGAGUCUCUCCUAAAGUGACUCACUAGUGGUUUGGAAGUAGCCUAUAGAAUACAAGAUCUUUGGUCGCAUUGAGUGUAGAUCGUCGAGAGGUGAACUGAGAUUCUAAGGUCAGAAUGAAUACGUCGGCGCUCAACACAUGAAAUAUCUUAACACAGCAACUCGCGGUUCCCUUUGGCUUACAACAUUGUCUGCGGAUUAUGAUUAAUGAUAGAGCACUGGACUAAAUAAAAUGUCAUAAAAUACUAUUUAGUUUCACUCGACCAAAGUAAACCUAGUCUGCAGUAACAUAUAAUAAAUAAAAGAAGUAAACG